UAGCCUUAUAAGUUUAUUUCAUUCAAUUAUUGCACACCUCAUAAUAAUGUACUCAACAUUCUCACUUUAUGACACAACACACACACACACACUUAUAUAAAUGUCACCACGCUCUCCUCACCUGAAAUUCAAGAAUUACAACAUGGGGAGCUGUCAAACGAAAGAGAAGAGCAGCAGGGCGAGCGAGAGGGUGGUGGAGGGGUUGAAGAGCAAGGUGAGGGUUCUCCAAGGUGAAAUCAACGAGAUGAUGUGCAUGAGAGAGAGAGAGAGCCAAGUUUACGAGCGCGAGCUUAUGGUGUUGGCUUUGAGACAGGCGGAGUGGAGGAGGGAGAGGAAGAGGCUGAAAGAUGAGCUGAGGAGACUCGGCAGGGUCGUCGAGGAGAAAGAAGAGCGGCUGCGGUGCAUGGAGGGCUGCUGCGUGCUGGAGGAGCAAGCCAGGAGGGACGAGACGUUGGAGAAGUGGAAGCAGCUCUAUUUUGCUAUCAAGGUUGAGCUUGAUGAUCUCAUUAGCAGGACGCAUCAAGAAGAAAGACUGAUGUGUUGGAAGACAGAUGAAGAAGAGAUGGUGAUGAAGGAGCUGCAAGCAAAGGAAGAAAGAAUUGAACUUCUCCAAGCAAAGUUAGCUUCAAUGGAAGAUCAAGAAUUCAAGAGAGAGAGAGAGGUGGACAUAUUGAGACAAAGCCUGAGGAUAAUGAGCCAUAAAAAGAGAGGAACAAAGCCUGGCAAGAGGUCAAUCCAGGAAUUUUGAUCUCUCGAUCGGACAACAUAUAUUAUUAUAAGCUAAUUGUCAAUUUAUUAGAGUAAUCAGUACAAGGUUGUUUUGUGGGGUUGUCAAUUAAUUAAGGGCCCUCGUCAUUUAGGCCAGUGUGCAAGAUUCUUGCAUCAUGAACCAGCAGAUCAGCAACUAUAUAUAUAUAUAUAUAUA